AUGGCCCGCCUUCCGUCUGGUCGGAUCCCCGAUGCACAGCAACCGCUACUGGAUGAUGCCAGCCUUCACACUUUCUUUACCGAUGAACGGGUCAUUACUGCUGCUGGUGGUAUGUCCGGGCUUGAGUUCUGGCUUCGUCAGCGCAUUAAAAAGUGUCAGUACCCUGUUUCUGACUACCAUCAUGCCGAGCUAACAACACUAUGGCAUCCUCCUGGCGCGUUAGUGGUGUGCUGGCACUGCGAUAACAAAUUGCGCGGGCAGUCAACGGAAAGAUUGCAAGCGCUUGCGCUGAACAAUGUUGCCGAAUGGAUUGUUGAUACCGUCCUGGCUGGGCUUGGCUGCAACAAAGAGCGCUCCCUCUCUCUAGCCGAACUUUGCUGGUGGGCUGUUCAGUCAGGUGUCGCUGAUGCCGUCACUGAAGGAAUGGCGCAACGGGCACUACGGUUGCCAGACGAACCAUUAUUAUCU